CACUCGACUCACGGGUCUUCCCCUGAAAUGUACAUUGAGGAUCUUAGAGGGGUUGGGAGAAAUCGCAUUCCGUGCUUUAAACCUAGUCUCGAGUGCCAGAAAACGUGAUAGUAUAACAUCCCUAACACAGAGUUUGUGGGAAAAUUCACAAAAUCUGGCUUCUGGCAAGCUGUUCAGUUAUAUCCUUGUUAAAGUAUCACGAUCAAAGUCGAGUUGUGAAAGAUUUUCCCGUAAGUGUUGAAAGUGCUCCUGAAAUCAUGAGUUUACAUUUAUAAUAUAGUAAGUCAAGCUUCCUUACAAACUUGUGGAAGCAACUGACCCUAGCUUGCCCUCCCCUGUCCACGCCUUCCACUUCCUGGGGCUCUGAGGCGGGUUGUGGGCGGGGACUGCCAGCAUCACGUUUCGCGCCUGCGCACUUUUUAUUGCCUGCGCUGCCGCGGCUGGGCGGGGGGAGGGGGCGCAGAUAUAUAAGGACUGGUUCGCGCCUGCAUUCUCACUUGCUGUUACUUCUCUGAGGGAGUCAUGUCUGGCCGUGGUAAGGGAGGUAAGGGCCUUGGAAAAGGUGGCGCCAAACGUCACCGUAAGGUGCUGCGCGACAACAUCCAGGGCAUCACCAAGCCCGCCAUCCGCCGCUUGGCGCGGCGCGGCGGCGUCAAGCGCAUCUCUGGUCUCAUCUACGAGGAGACGCGCGGGGUGCUGAAGGUGUUCCUGGAGAACGUGAUCCGCGACGCCGUCACCUACACGGAGCACGCCAAGCGCAAGACGGUCACCGCCAUGGACGUGGUCUACGCGCUCAAGCGCCAGGGACGCACGCUCUACGGCUUCGGCGGCUGAGAUUUCUGAGUUUGCUGCGGCUUCCGCUUCCUAACAAAGGCCCUUUUCAGGGCCGCCCAACUAUUCAAAAAGGAGCUGUACCAAAUUAGAGCCAAAGAGGUCUGAAGGUGGUUAGAACGUAUGCCGGGGCUGCAAGGGUAAAGCCAAAUAAAGUGUUACACACACCUUACUCAAAUCAUUUGCCUACUACUCGCUUCCCUUCACAGGUUAAGAGUAGAAAGAAAAUUAAAAGCACCGGGUAAGAGUAGAAACAUACUAAGACACUAGGAAUGCUUUUAAGGAUCUUGUCAGUUUAG